AUGAGAUCCAUUUCCCUCGUUUUUGGCCUCAACACAAUGCCAACUACCGAUCCUGCCGGUGCUGUCAAGGAUGUGGACCCUAACAAACCGGAGGUUCAGGAGGCCAUCAAAUUUGUGUUUAAUAUAAUCCACGCCUCCAUAGACUCGGCUCAUGCCAUCACAAUGGGAAAGUCUCAGAUGGUUUCCGGUAAAAAGUAUUACAUAACCCUCGAAGUCAAUGAAACGGAUUGUGACAAAAGUGACAUUAACUCAGAGCCAUGUAAAGUCAUUAGAAGCGAAGUGUGCGCUUCAGUUGUAUUGAAUCGUCGGUGGGAUGCCUACCAUAGGAACCAAGUUUUGUCAUUCAAUUGCAAAGGCAUCUAA